AUGUUCCGAUCCGCGUCUAGGACACUGCUCCGUGGUACACCUGCACAACAACUACGAUUUGCGCAAAGCCGAAGAUGGAUUAGCGAUGCAUCGUCGCCAGUACAGAAGAAGCAGGGAUGGAGAAGUACGGUGGUGAGAUGGGGUCUUGCUGCCGGUGCUGUUUACUACUACAACACAAGCCCCAUAUUUGCCGAAGAACCUCCCCUCGAGAUUGCUCCCGGAUCCCAAUAUAAGACGCAAGAUACAGCUGUUUCGCAAACAAUUGAGUCUCUAGAGGCGGCGAAAAAGACCAAGCCUAAGGCACGACCCGCUCCUGUCACUUCGGAAGUUAAGAAGUCAUCGCCUGAGGAGACAUCAAUAGGUGCCGCUGCUGAGACUGGUGCUCCUAUUUCUGGGGGGGAGCAACCGCCUGUUCCUGCCCCAAGCGAUGCCGAGCAGGAGGGCGAGGAAGGCCAAGAGGCGGCGUUUAACCCGGAAACCGGCGAGAUCAACUGGGACUGCCCUUGCCUAGGCGGCAUGGCCCAUGGGCCCUGUGGAGAGGACUUCCGGGCCGCAUUCUCAUGCUUCGUGUAUUCCCAGGAGGAACCCAAGGGAAUGGACUGCAUUGACAAAUUCAAGGCCAUGCAAGAUUGCUUUAGACAACAUCCCGACGUCUACGGAAAUGAACUCGACGACGAAGAAGUUGAUGCGCAAUUAGACGAACACAUUGCUUCGGAGAAACUGGCUGAGCAGAAGGCGUCUUCGGAAUCGUCCGAGGCUGCACCUGCAGCUGUCCCGGAACCCUCCCAGUCAGAGUCCACAUCCAGCAAGGAUAAGCUGCAGGAGGCCGUCUCAAAGGAACUAGAAGCCAUCCAAUCGAAGGCCUCUAAGGAGUAA